UGAAGUAUGUAGUGUCAGAGUCGGAAUCACCAUUGUUUUUCUGAUGGAGAGCCACUAUUUAUGUCCAUUUUGAUUGUUUGUUUACACCCAUUUUCCCAAUUUGGGAAUUGAAAUUGUACACUUUUAUACUGUUUCAAUUCCCAAAUUGGGAAAUUGGUGUAACCAAAAUUAGAAGGGAUGAGCUCAGAUAUCAAUUCCCCCUUUCGAUAUCGGGACACUCUUUGAUGAGUUUUGCUAAGCCCGUGUGUGCGUGUAUGGCCCUGUCCAUCUACAUCUUAGUGUGCAUGCUAACGUGGCACACGUGUGCAAUAUUCGAGCAGUCUUUGAGGUGGGCCACACCCUGUAGAUUCCCUAUACAGAAAAUCUGACAGGUUAACUUAUCAGGUGGGCAAACUUGAUUUUUCCUUCCAUUUCUGGGCUAGAAUAUGUUCACAGUAUGGCCUAUAUGGACUGAUCAGAUCUAGCAGAUGUUUGCCAUAUUGACAAUGGACUAGUGUGUGGGCGGGCUAGGUUAUCCAUGUGUGUGGGCAUAGCAACCUCUUCUUUUGAUUUCAUUGGCUGCAAUCAUGUUUAGUUUGUGACUUGUUGUAACACAUUGGUGUAUUUGCAAAAUGGGCUAUACUAUGGUAUGGAUUUGGCGCACAUUGUACGAGCGAUAGCAAUAGAUCCACAUUACGUGUGGCAUACAUGUAGGUUGAUCCCAGCCAUCCAAGCUGUAGAUGGAUAAUAGCCUGAAAUCAUACUGAUUAGGUGAUUUUAACUGUCCAAUUGGUGGUUGUCAAAUGGACAAUUGAAAAAGGUAAUGGUUAACAAUCCAAACGCAAUCGGGGUUUGGAUUGGUAAUAUUGUUCAAUCAGUGCAACUUUUGGGCUAUCCUCCAUUCAUGGUGCAGCCAAUGAUUUUGAUGGUCCUGGACUGAUGCCUAUGUAUGCCAUUGUUCUUUGAUAGUGGUUGCUAAUGGUCUGCCUAAAGUGUGACAAGCUAUGCUCCAUUCAUGGCGGGGCCAAUGAUUUUGAUGGCCAUGGACUGACGUGUGUGUAUACCAUUGUUCUGUGAUAGUGGUUGGCAACAACCUGCCUAAAGUGUGGCAAACUCUGCACUGUACUCUCUCCCAUUUGAGACAUGGAAUUGUGGAAUUUCUAGCUGGAAUUUGUUCUUUCUGUUGUUAAAAUGCCACGAGAACAGAGCUAUGGCAUGAACAAUUGAAGACUGCAGCAGCCUUUCAGAUUGAAGGAAACAGGUCUCCUUUGGCUUUCUAUGGUAUUCAUGCUAUAAUUGCAUUAAAUUUUAAAAUAUUUACGGGGAACUUCAACUAAUCUUUUCCUGUAUAGUAAGUCAUUUUGCUCGGAGUUCAAAUUUGCUAGGUAUUGUGCUUCUUGUAAUUUGAAUUUUGAUUCAUUGGUGAUUCUAACGGUGUUUGGAGGAUAAUGUUCCAAAGAUGUUGCCUGGACACCAGAAAUUUGGCAACCCUGAUAUCUGUCACUUGUUAAUUGCUAAAAAUGCACAUUUUUUGCCCUGUUCCUUAACAGUGAUUAGCUGUAUUUGUAGCCAUUGUCAUGUGGUAUAUAUCAGUCUGGAGGCAUUUGUGUUGUACUGUAGUUCCGCAAGUAAUUUAUACCAGAAUUGGCAGUUUUGGUAUUUUAUAGAAGAUGGGUGCCGUUGGUGCCACCAUUCGGAAAAAAAAGGUGGCAUUGCUGCCUAGAAGCCACAUUCUUGUUUUCUUCAGGGCUAUCAGUGUGCUGGGUCUGGGUUGGUUCAGUACUCAGAUUUUGAAAUGAUCAGGAUGGUCAGUUCAAAAUUUCGAUUUGGCUCAGCCCAGGGCCAGUCCAUUGACAACCCUUCUCCUUUUAGUCUUUUGCUGGUCUUGUUAAAUUGACUCUAAUAAAUUCUCAAUUCUCUGCAGCUGCCAUUGAAGGUCGUACCCACUACCCACAUUUAGUGCGAUUCUGGUGCAUCUAAGAAGCUUAUGGAAGAAAGUUGGAUGAUAUCCCAGGAAAAGAUUUGAACGCUGAAGAAAGUGCAAUAGUCUGCCUUUGGGUUCAGUUUGGUUUUGAUUCCAGAGAAGGGUUAAAGCGAAACAUGGGUCCUCUUUGUGAGUUCUGUGGGGAGCAAAGGUCCAUGGUAUAUUGCAGAUCUGAUGCUGCUUGCUUGUGUUUGUCUUGUGACCGCAACGUUCAUUCCGCAAAUGCGCUUUCUUGGCGCCACUCGCGGACCCUUUUGUGCGACAGAUGCAAUUCACAGCCUGCAGUAGUUAGGUGUGUUGACGAGAAGCUUUCUCUCUGUCAAAAUUGCAAUUGGAAUGGACACGGUAGCACUGGCUUGGCUGCUGGACAUAAAAGACAACCGAUCAACUGCUACUCGGGCUGCCCUUCGGCAGCGGAACUUUCUAGAAUCUGGUCAUUUAUUGAGGACUUCCCUUCUACAGCAGAUUCAAAUUGUGAGGAAGGGUUCGGCUUGAUGAGCAUCAAUGAGAAUAGUGUUAGCAACUAUUGGGGGCCUCCAGAAAGCAGUACGGUGGACCCAGUUGGCACAGGGGUGCAUGACCUGGAAAAUUCAGAUAAAUUUGAUGCUUGGUUGGGAUCCUCUCCAAUGUCUGCAUUGAAUACUACAGCAUGUGCAGAUCAGCCGGUUGGAUCCAUGGACUCAACCACACCCAAGCUAUCUUGUACUGGGACAAAAGCCCUUGAACUAUGUCAAGAUGAUGCUCUAUAUGAAGAUUUCAGUAUGGAUGAUGUUGAGUUGAGUUUUGAGAACUAUGAAGAGUUCUUUGGCAUAUCUCAGAACCAAUCAGGACAGCCUUUUGAGGAUGCUGAUAUUGAUAGUUUGUUUGCAACAAAGAGCAUGCCUGCAGCUGGGACCAGCGGUCAGGGCGAUUUUGCAGAGGCAUCUUCAGCCAAGAAGGCUAAAGCAGCACAGGCAGCAUGCAGCAAUACGGUAUCUUCUGAUUCCCCGAUGUUGAAUCGUCGGGCCAAAUCUGACUCCAACCUCUGCUUUCCGGCAACGCAAGCACAUUCCAGCCUCUCACUUUCAUUUUCAGGCUUGACUGGUGAGAGCAGUGGUGGAGAUUAUCAAGACUGCGAGAUGUCAUCAAUGCUUCUCAUGGGUGAGCCUCCAUGGUAUUCUCCUGGUCCUGAAAACCAGUUACCAACGGCAAGCAGGGACAGUGCUGUUAUGCGCUAUAAGGAAAAGAAGAAGGCACGCAAGUUUGACAAGAAGAUACGGUAUGCUUCUCGCAAGGCUAGGGCUGAUGUGAGAAGGCGUGUGAAGGGGCGGUUUGUGAAGGCUGGUGAGGCUUAUGAUUAUGAUCCAAUGUGCCAGACAAGAAGCUACUGAGGAGACGGACUGGAGUUUCCAACUAUAUUUAUAAGCGAGAGGAAGAGCUGGCUUGAGAUUAACUCAGAGCUGAUAAUACUCUUGAGGUAAAGACUGAUAUGCCCUUGCAUACCUUUGCAAUGAUGAAUGCAUCCUCCUAUCACGGAUGUGAUUGCCAUUUAAAAACAAGGUGGGGUUUUGGUACUUGGCUUGUAGAAUACUUGGGUGGAGAAGCUUGGUUUUCCAGAUCUCAUCUAACAUUGCCGGACUACAAUUAAUCUAAACAAUGCUGUAAUGGUACGUGCUGUUUACAAGAAUGGCCAGUUCUGCCCAGGACAAGUCAUGCUGCUGUAUUGAUCCGUGUUCAUAUUUCCCAUCUGGGUUUUUGAGGACAGGAGACGGAAAGGAGUGAUCUCUUACAUUGCUGAUUCGCCUGCCUUAUUUUCUUCUUCUUCUUCUUCUUCUUCCUUCUUUUGAAAAUCCUGCUGUGGCCUGACUUGUGGCAGCAGCGCUGCCUGUCCGUAUGAAAGAAGCCUUUACUUGAGAUGUUUAUAUUUUUAUGAAUUUUCCAUGGGAAAUAUGUAGCAUUUAAAUGUGUGUAGCUGAGAGAAAUCAAUCAAUUUGCAGCAUUAACAUGUGUAAGAAAGCUGUAAAAACAAAACUCGGGUAUUUGGGUUAGUGUUAUAGAGAAGCUGUGAGCUGUGGAUCUUUAGAAAUAACCCUCUUUCAUUGUA